AUGAAGCAGCGAUUCUCGUCUCUCGACGUUAAGGUCAUAGCAAGCGAACUCGCCGCAUCCUUAGUAACCCUUCGAGUCUCGAACAUCUACGAUCUUUCCAGUCGAAUCUUCCUCUUCAAAUUCGCGAAACCCAGCAAGCGAGAACAGCUGCUGGUAGACUGUGGGUUUCGGUGCCAUUUAACGUCCUUCUCGCGGACUGCGGCGACCGCUCCCUCGGCAUUUGUCAGCAGGCUACGGAAGUAUCUCAAGAGCAAACGAGUGACGGGCGUUGCGCAAAUAGGGACCGAUCGAGUGAUUGAGAUCAGUUUUAGUGACGGACAGUAUCGACUGUUCCUGGAAUUUUUCGCCGCUGGCAACAUCAUCGUCACGGACGCGGACCUGAAUGUCCUGGCCUUACAGAGGCAGGUAAGCGAGGGCAACGAGGAUGUUGAUGUCAAGCUAGGGGGAAAGUACACUUUGGAGCCAAAGCAGAAUUACCAUGGAAUACCGCCAAUCACGCCUGUCAGAGUCAAGGAAUCUCUAACAAAAGCCGUGGAGAGAGUGAAGGCAGCCAAUGAAGCAGGGGGCAAGAAAGCAAAGAGAGCAAAGGGAGGAGAUGACUUGAGAAAAGCAUUGACGGCUGGAUUCCCAGAGUUCCCACCUCAUCUGCUGGAGCAUGUGUUCAAAGAAAUCGGGGUAGAUGCUGGCUUAAAAGUGGAAGAUGUCCUGCGAAGGCCUGAGGUCUUGGAGCAGAUUCUCAAAGUCCUAGAACGCGCCAAGGAAAUCUUCGAUGGUUUCGAUGCCGGACAAUCAAAAGGCUAUAUUGUCGCAAAAACAAAAACCUCCGGUGUUGGGAAUUUGGAAGACCAAGCUCCAGGUCGAGAAAACCUCCUAUAUGACGACUUUCACCCCUUCCGACCGCUUCAAUUCGAGGAGAACCCAGGAAUAGUCAUCCUUGAGUUUGAUGGGUUCAACCACACGGUGGACGAAUUCUUCUCUUCGAUAGAAUCUCAAAAGUUGGAGUCUCGACUAACAGAACAUGAAGAGACGGCGAAAAAGAAGUUGCAGCAUGCAAAGAACGAACAUGAGAAACGCAUAGGGGCACUUCAACAGCAACAGGAAUUGCACGUUCGCAAAGCCCAGACCAUCGAAGCCAACACUCAUCGGGUCGAAGAAGCCUGUGCGGCGGUCAACGGCCUGAUCGGACAGGGAAUGGAUUGGGUCGAUAUCGGGAAACUCAUCGAGACCGAACAGAAGCGGGGUAAUGUCGUCGCCCAAAUGAUCAAGCUGCCGCUGAAGCUCGAGGAGAACACGAUAACACUGCUUCUCAAUGAGCCCGGGUUCGAUGAAGAAGAGGAGAGUGAUGAAGAGGACCGUACUGACGACGAGGAAGACUCCGACGAAGAAACAACCCGGACCACGGGCAAGGCGGCUUCUGACAAACGACUCUCAAUAGACGUUGAUCUUGCCCUCUCCCCUUGGGCCAACGCAAGACAAUACUACGACCAAAAGAAGACGGCCGCCGUAAAAGAGAAGAAGACCAUCGAGUCGUCUGCCAAGGCUCUCCAAUCUGCGGAGCAGAAGAUUGAGCGGGACCUGAAAAGGGGUCUCAAACAGGAAAAAGCUACCCUCAGAGUGGCUCGGAAGCAGUUCUGGUUCGAGAAAUUCUGGUUCUUCGUUUCCAGUGACGGAUACCUCGUAAUUGGCGGCAAGGAUGCUCAGCAGAACGAACUGUUGUACCGACGAUACCUGAAGAAGGGCGACGUCUAUGUACAUGCUGAUCUACAAGGUGCAUCCAGUGUGAUCGUCAAAAACAACCCCAAGACACCUGACGCGCCGAUUCCUCCUUCCACGCUUUCCCAGGCAGGCGCUCUGACCGUCUGUACAAGUAGUGCCUGGGAUUCCAAAGCCGUCAUGGGCGCAUGGUGGGUGAACUCUGACCAAGUGAGCAAGACCGCACCCACCGGAGAGUACCUGACGACCGGUGGCUUCGUCAUCAGAGGUCGGAAGAACCUUCUACCUCCAAGCCAACUUCUGCUGGGGUUCGGGUUGAUGUGGCUGAUCAGUGAGGAGAGUAGAGGCAACCAUGGAAAACACCGAUUGGAGAGAACCGAGAGCAUGCUAUCAGGAGAGGCUGAGGCAUUGGCCGCGGAUACACAGGGGUUGUCCCUGGACGACCAUGGUGAUGGUGACGAUGAUGAGUUCGACGACAAGACCGAGGACGUCGUCCCCGAUCUCGAAGAUGCUGCUGGGGAAGGUGAGGAUGAGGAGAAACAAGAUUCUCAGGCAGUCGACGACAUGGAUGAUGAAGCUGUUGCCGAAGAAGACAAGUCCGAGGCAGGCUCCGAGCCAGAUGAACAACGAAGCAAUCCGCUGCAGAUGAACGGCAUCACCGACCGUUCCGCAGUCUCCGCGGACGAGGCAGAGGAAGACCCCGAAGUUCAAGUUGAAGUCGAUGACGAGGACAAGGCAGCGGAUGAGAAGGACGAACAAGAAGACACUCCAGAUGCCCAUUCUCCUCAGCCACCUGCGGCUGUGCCUUCGCAGGCUCAGCCUCUGUCGAAGCAAAAGCCCCUCUCUCGCGGCAAGCGGAGCAAAGCAAAGAGAGCGCAGAAAAAGUACGCCGAACAGGAUGAGGAAGACCGUGAGCUUGCCAUGCAGCUCCUUGGUAGCAACCGCGGCCAAGAUCGGAAGAAAGCGGCCGAAGAAGAGAAAGCUGCCCGCGAGGCUAAAGCUGAGGCAGACCGGGAACGGCGGAAAGCGCAACAUGCCAAAGCCGCCGAACGGGAACGGCUGCGGCAUGAAAGGCUCGAAAAGGCUGCUGCUGAAGGGACUGCAGACUUGAAUGAGGAGGAAGAGCUCAGCAAAGAGCAACUCGAACAGGAGCGGCGCGAGCUACUGGACAUCGACCGACUUGUGCCGUACCCUCAGCCAGGUGAUGAACUGAUUGCGGCCAUUCCGGUCGUGGCUCCUUGGACCGCCAUGCCUAGGUACAAAUAUAAGAUCAAGUUACAACCCGGGAGCGUGAAGAAGGGGAAAGCUGUCCGAGAGAUACUUGGCUUCUGGUCGACGUUGGAUAAAAAGGGGCCCAAAGUGGUGGACGAUGCGAGCAAGGACAAAGAACGUGUCUGGCGACGAGAACUGGAUCUGAUGAAGGAUCUGAGGGUCGAAGAGGUUGUUGGAUAUGUUCCUGUCAAAGGGUGCAGAAUCGUCCAGGGUGGUGGGAUCGGCGGCGGACUAGGGGGAGGCAAUGCUGGGAGCAAGGGAAAAGGCGUUGCUGGUGGGAGAGGCAAAGGUGGUGGAGGGAAGAAGGGCAGAUGA